GCUCAAGAAAGCGAAGUCCUCAAGCACCAGAACACGAGAGGAUUACAUGGCUCGGAACUUGCCGCAAUACCGCAUAACCUGCAAUUUGCUGCUUUGCAGGAAUGGUGGUUGACGAGAAGGUGGAGAGUGACUUCGUAUACGGACGCCUGAAACUGGAAGUACCUUACGGGGGAGAUGCAAUUGAGCCUCCUCAUGCGUUAGUUCAGAAGGAGCUGCUCAAGAAAAGUUUUGAAGAGAACGGUAUUUUCAUCGAAGGCGAACGCGACGAACUACUCGAAGAACCCGGGUGUGAAAAGUUUCGAGUUUAUAAUUUUGAGGUUAAAAGCUGCUUAUUCGCAAAACACUUAUUACCCGCAAUUCGAAGGUUUCUGAACGAUAUUCAAACACAACAACUGCCUCACUUCUACAAAGCUACUGUGAUCAUUCACUCGACUUCUUGCUUUUCAAAUCGCCUAGUAUCAUGUCAUAGAUACGUUCCAUUGGAUGCUGUCUACUUUGGAAAUAUACAAGGUGGUGUUUUCAUCAAUCAUUGGGAGGUAUCAUUCCGAGGCGAAAGUGAUUCAAGCGAGCUGAAGGGGACGAUGCAUGUUGAUUUCCUAUAUGAUCAGAAUGAAUUGAUUUGUGUACGAUUUGAAAACAAAGGGGAGUAUGCAAAGAAUUCCAAUGUCGAUGGAAAGAAGUGUGGCUCUGGGGUCGCCCACUAUCAAAUAACCCUGCGACUUGGCUUUAUACGUCGUAUAAUUGUCGACAAUGCCGUCACUGAUAAAUAUGGCAAGGAUCGAACAAGAAUACAUUUUGAACUGAAUUGCCCUGUGGUCAUACGGAGAGGUCGUGAAUUCGAGAGUGAAAAGAAAAGUUUGACAUACAUCAAGUUUGAGCGGUGGCUUACUGUAAGGAGAGGUCGCAACUCAUUUGAAAAACCUCACCAUCUAGCAAUUGCUGAUAGUCCUUUUUUCACGAUUGAGUUCGGCGAGGUACUUUCGGAUGUCUCGAUCUAUGCUAUACUAUCACGUCUACGGGUACGUAGCGACCUAAGUAUCGAGUUUGCAAGUUUCGAGGUCAGUUUCUUCCCUUUUAAUCGUUUGUUUAUUGUAGAAAGGAUCGCGUCGUUUAAUAUAUUAUAUUCAUAA